AUGGGAUUUGAAAUCACCAAAGAUUCUCACCAAACAGCUGCUUUUAUCGUGUGCCUCAUUACAGCACCGACCUGCAUCGUAGCUACUGCGCUCCGCUUUAUAGCCACAAGGCGAAAUAGACGUAGAAUUGGAUGGGAAGACUGGUUUGCUCUACUAGCUCUGAUAUUUUUCUUAAUAUAUGUUGCCUUGCUACUUUAUAUUCUCGUUACCCUCAACGGAAGAAACCCCUACAAACCCGGAGCUAUAUCCAAGGAACAAUUCUACAACAUAGAAGUUACGAUAUACGUAUUAGCUGCUCAAUUCUGCCUCCAACAGCUAUUCGCCAAGUUCAGCCUCUUAUUCCUGUACUAUCGCUUCUUCUCUCGUCGGCGUUCAUUUGCCGUCUGUGUCUGGAUCGUCGGUACUAUUCAAUUGCUCUGGUCCGUCGCAACGUACCUAGUCCACUAUUUUACGUGCAUACCCCCGAAGAAAUCGUGGACGCCGACGGCCCCAGGCCACUGCAUUAAUAACCCGGCGUUUCUCGCUAGCGGGGAGAGCAUCAACUCGUUACUUGACUUUGCUCUGGUCGGCCUGGCUAUUUGGAUGGGGGGCUUCUUCGGCUUCGUCAAAAUUGCUCAGGCUUUCGGCAACAGCUAUGUGAACAACGUCCUUGACGCAAUCUGGGCAACCAUUCAGCAAGCGUGUGGUGUCAUCUGCUGUUGCGCACCUAUGUGUAGAUCCCUUCUUCCUAGAUUUAGUCUAUACGAAAGAUUGAGGAUACUCAGUACCCGAGUGUUCAGCACUAGGACCGAAGAUCAUCAGCGACCUAGUCAGACGUCGAACCCGAACGAACCCCCAGAAAAGGGGGCCGGUGAAAAUUGGCGCCCUACAGAAAGCUGGAUCCGACUUGCGAGUAACGGUCAACCAAGCACUCGCGAACUCGCCGUGAUGGACAUGCCGCACGAACCUCCGCCUACGUAUAUCUCGCACGUCUAAAUAUAUGUUUUCUGCCGUUUACCUAUGUCUGGUUUCCGUGGGAUGAAUCUGCUCUAACUCCUGACUCAAGUACCU